AUGGAGAUAAAUACAAAGGACAGGGAAUUGCGCAACCUGCGGUCAGAAAACACCAGAUUAAGAACACACAUUCGAAAUAUUGAAGAAAACAAGCAAGUUGAUCUGGCUAUUAAAAGGCAACGGGAACAGGAAUCGAAUGUUUAUAACCACAUGGCAGAAAUUGAUUUGAGAAAUGGAUUAUUAGCAGCAAACAAGGAAUUGGAAAAUCUUAGGCGAGAGUAUGUGAAUCGAUUGAAUCAUUUUAAGCAAGAUAUGAAUGCAAAAAAUGCUGAAAUCAUGGAUCUUCACCGAACAAUAGCAAAUGGUCGUAUUCUGAUAAAAAAUAUUGAAAGUCGACUAGAAACUGCAACUAAAGACUUGGACAAAAAAACUCGAGAAGUUUUUUGA